UCUCAUUUCAGCACCGGAAACCGUCCGACGCGUACUACUCCGUGCGUCUCGCUCCUGGGACAAGAUAAAAAAAAAAAACAUUUAACGGACCUUGAUCACGAACAAACCUUGACAAUUAGUUAUUGACUCUCUCUUUUAGUCACAAGUCACCGAACUCCAUGGACGAAAUAUAUCCAAAUUAACGUUCUUUAAUUUUUUAGAAUUUCCUUUUUGACUGUUGGACUUGGUUGGGGAUGUGUGUCGGUUGUUUUUACUUAAUGUAAUGUGGAUGUCACCUGUGUCCGUGGCUGUGGCUGGAGGAUGAGCGCCGGCGUGGGGGUGACGGGGGACGCGACAGGAAGUUAUAAUAUGCAGUCAAGCCUGUAGGGUAGACCAGGCUGGGCCCCCUGAUGAGUUGAGUCCCCCUCCCCCACCCCUCCUCUCCCAGCGUAGCCAGGUGGGAUGUUCCAGAUGUGUGUCCUCUUAUCUCUGCUCACCCUCUCUGGCUACACCCAGGUCUCCUCGGCUAAAUCUCUGAAGCUCCUGAUGGAACAAUGGACGAGCUACAAGAACCAGUGUUCUCAGAGCAUCGUCGCCACGCCUCCCGCCACAGGACUGGUGUGUAACAGGACGUUUGACCAGUAUGCCUGCUGGCCAGAUGGACUUCCUGGAACAACAGUCAAUGUUUCCUGUCCAUGGUACCUGCCCUGGUACCACAAAGUCCAGCAGGGUAUGGUGUAUAGAGUGUGCAGUGGGGACAGACGCUGGGCCAGAAAGAACACCAGUGAGUGUGAGCAGGACGACCCAGGACAGCAGCACUAUGGUAGCAUCCUCAGUAAGUUCCGGGCCAUGUACACAGUGGGCUACUCCCUCUCCCUCGGAGCCCUGGUACUGGCUUUGGGCAUCCUGGUAUCAUUCAGGAAGCUCCACUGUAUGAGGAACAACAUCCAUAUGAAUCUGUUUUCCUCCUUCAUCCUGCGUGCUGUCUCCAUCCUGAUUAAAGAUGUCCUGCUAGACUCCAUGUCCGUCCCCCUGGCCCCCGGGGCUGACACCCACCAUCAGACGGUUGCCGGGUGCCGUAUCGCCAUGGUGAUGAUGCAGUACAGCGUCAUCGCAAACAACUAUUGGCUGCUGGUGGAAGGCAUCUACCUGCACAGCCUCCUGGUCGUCACCGUGUUCACCGAGAGAAAGUACUUCUGCAUCUACCUGUUUAUCGGCUGGGGUGCUCCUCUGAUAUUCGUGUUGCCGUGGGUGAUAGUCAAAUACCUGUACGAGAAUGAAGAGUGCUGGGAGAGGAACAUCAACAUGGGUUACUGGUGGAUUAUACGUUCUCCCAUCCUGUUAGCUUACCUGAUGAAUUUCUUUAUCUUCACCCGGAUUAUAAAGAUCCUGAUGUCGAAGCUCAAGGCCCAUCAGAUGAGAUACACAGAUUACAAGUUCAGGCUGGCUAAAUCCACUCUGACCCUCAUCCCUCUGCUGGGUAUUCACGCCAUCCUCUUCACCUUAGUCAUCGAUGAGUCCGUCCCCAAAGGUUCCAAGAUGCGUCUCAUCCGCCUCUUCUACGACCUCCUCUUCAACUCCUUCCAGGGCCUACUGGUGGCCAUCUUGUAUUGUUUCGUCAACAAAGAGGUCCAGUCUGAGAUGUUGAAAAAGUGGAAGAGGUGGAAGCUGGGUAAAGACAUCGAGGAAGAGUACCGUCAUACAUACAGCCACGCGCCUCACGUCAAGAGCGGCAGCAUCGUCACCGGCAACCUGGCCGGUGUCCAAGACAACGGCAGCGACCCUAAAGACUCACAGUUGACCCCCGACCCCGACUACGACCCUGAUCCUAACCCUGCCUCAACCUCCAUCACCCCCAAUGAGAGCAGUAGAUUGGUGGGGUCCUGCCACCACAGGACGGAUAAAACAAAGACUCAGUCCUCCCUGCAGUGUCCCUCCACACCACAUGGUGGCACUAACAACUGCAGCACUCUGAUGGAGGACAUUUGUCUGGAGGAGAGGGCGCAGAGUUAUACACGCCCAGAGGAGGGCGCCGAAAGCAACUUCUGACCAACGGGGGAAGACCAUCCCCGGCCUAUGCAUAGAUUGAUUGGUUGAUUGAUAGAUUGCUAAAGAGUUCUGGUGUAGAAAGAGACAACACACCUACUGGAGGGGACCGUUAAUGCACAGCAGGUCCAGAUCCUAUGGAUUGAUUGGUUGAUUGGUUGGUUGAUUGGUUGGUUGGUUGGUUGGUUGAUUGAUUGGUUGAUUGGUUGAUUGAUUGGUUGGUUGAUUGAUUGGUUGAUUGAUUGGUUGAUUGCAGGUCCAGAAGAGUUGAUGGUCUGAAAAUAUGAAACAUUUUACUGUUUAUUUUUCUGUGACCAUAUUUUGACCCCAAGGGAUUGACCACAUUCCCCACUGUGUUCAGGUUGACAAGGACUACUGCUAAAGGGAAACUAGUAGGCCUGCUAUCUGUGUCCAUGUGUACGACCGCUAACCAAACGCUACCCUCGCUCAACAACUCCCUGGCUGUGCUCCGGGGUCUCCGCACCCCCGUCAAUCAUUUAAAGCGUAGGAUUGGUGCAGCUUCACAUUGGCUGGAGGUGAUGACCCUCCAUUUCCAGAUGCAUGUGAGGAAGUCCACACCGUGUGUCCUUGUUCUCUACUGCUACUGAGAGCUUCACUUGUCCUCUAUCUUUGUGGGUGUGGCCCAAACGGUGCCAUAGUCCCUAUAUAGUGCACUAUUUUUAGACCAGGAUCCUAUUGUAUAUAGUACACUACUUUAGACCAGAGCCCUAUUCCCUAUAUAGUGCACUACUUUUGACCAGAGCCCUAUUCCCUAUAUAGUGCACUACUUUAGACCAGAGCACUAGUCCCUAUAUAGUGCACUACUUUAUACCAGAACCCUAUUGUAUAUAGUACAUUACUUUAGACCAGAGCCCUAUUCCCUAUAUAGUGCACUACUUUAGACCAGAACCCUAUUCCCUAUAUAGUGCACUACAUUAGACCAGAGUCCUAUUCCCUAUAUAGUGCACUACAUUAGACCAGAGCCCUGUAUAGUGCAUAGGGAGCCAUAUGAAAGCUCAGCGCUGUGGUUCUGUAUGACCCUCAGCAGCCACCGUACUUCACUGUUGACUUGCACAGUUUAGUUCAGCACGUUGCUACCAAAACCACCAUGGACACGUCUUGUUGAUAACAUCUUGCAUAACUAAACCAUUCAUAUUAUAGAUCUAAUCCGUGCCAAAAUAAGUGACAUUUACACAGAUUUACAAAGAUUUACACACAAACACACACACACACACACACACACACACACACACACACACACACACACACACACACACACACACACACACACACACACACACACACACACACACACACACACAGAGAGACACACACACACACACACACACACAGAGAGAGACACACACACACACACACAGAGAGACACACACACACACACACACACACACAGAGAGACACACACACACACGUUCCCACCAGAGCGUUCUAUCUCUGCCCUCUCAGGCCAGGACAGGACCAGAUCAGAACACCCCAGAGAACAGACUCAGCUGUGGAACAACGGGACAUUCCAGAUUGUUGCCAGGUCUGUCUGGCAUUCAGACAGACAUUUCUGGAACCCCUAAGGAUUAUGGGACUGUGGAGGACUGGACCUCUCACUCUCUCUCUCUGAGAGGAUUAUGGGUGGUUUGUUUGGGUGCAAUUUUUUGGGGAGUGAAUAUUGAGUUUCACCCUGAACUGUUGGCCCCAUUUUGAGUGGACAGACAGAGAAACGGACAGACUCACAGACAGAGAAACAGACAGACUCACAGACAGAGAAACGGACAGACUCAUAGACAGAGAAACAGACAGACUCACAGACAGAGAAACGGACAGACUCACAGACAGAGAAACGGACAGACUCACAGCCAGAGAAACGGACAGACUCACAGACAGAGAAACAGACAGACUCACAGACCGACUGUAUAAAUGUAAGAUAUUCAUGCACCUCUCCCCCUCGUCCUCUUUUCGUUGACCCGACAUAUUCUGUCAGAAUGUCUGUGUGGUUGUGGACCAGCGCUACGGACUAAUGGGGAUAUUACAAUGUCUGUGUGGUUGUGGACUAGCGCUACGGACUAAUGGGGAUAUUACAAUGUCUGUGUGGUUGUGGACUAGCGCUACGGACUAAUGGGGAUAUUACAAUGUCUGUGUGGUUGUGGACUAGCGCUACGGACUAAUGGGGAUAUUACAAUGUCUGUGUGGUUGUGGACUAGCGCUACGGACUAAUGGGGAUAUUACAAUGUCUGUGUGGUUGUGGACUAGCGCUACGGACUAAUGGGGAUAUUACAAUGUCUGUGUGGUUGUGGACUAGCGCUACGGACUAAUGGGGAUAUUACAAUGUCUGUGUGGUUGUGGACUAGCGCUACGGACUAAUGGGGAUAUUACAAUGUCUGUGUGGUUGUGGACUAGCGCUACGGACUAAUGGGGAUAUUACAAUGUCUGUGUGGUUGUGGACUAGCGCUACGGACUAAUGGGGAUAUUACAAUGUCUGUGUGGUUGUGGACUAGCGCUACGGACUAAUGGGGAUAUUACAAUGUCUGUACAUGUAGAUGGUGAAGAUACAAGGUUUUCUGUUUCUGUGGAUGUUUUACUCUGUGACCUCACCGUGCAGGAAAACCUCGAGAUCGUAGGUCCUGGAGAAACUCCUACGCUUGUGAUCUACCCCAGCGUUUCUCAGACUAAUCAGAGCUUGAUGAUGCAAAGGGCUAACACCCAAUAGGCUGAUCUGUCCUCACUGAACCCACGUACAGUGUGUGAGGUCGAGGGCGUCGUCAUCAUGAGUAGGGCCCAGAGGAUUUCCUGCCUACGUUAACUAACCAGGAACGACUCUGCAACCCCAUUGUUAAUAACUAACACCAGCUAAAGGCCUGCGCCUGUAUUCACAAAGCGUCUCCUAAGUGGCGCAGUGGUCCAAGGCACUGCAGCUACAGUGCCAGACGUAUCACUACAGACACCCUGGUUCGAAUCCAGGCUGUAUCACCGGCUGUGAUUGGGAGUCCCACAGGGGCGGUGCACAAUUGGCUCAGCGUCAUCUGGGGCAGGCCGUCAUUGUAAAUAAGAAUUUGUUCUUAACUGUCUUUCCUAGUUAAAUAAAAGUUUAAGAGUAUGAAUGCUGAUCUAGGAUCAGGUCCUCCCUGUCCAUGUAAUCUUAUUUGUUAUGUUCUGAAAGGCAAACCUGAUUCUAGAUCAGCGCUCCUGCUCCUCUUCUUAGACGUAUUGAGAAUACGGGCCCUGGGUCGGUCCCAUGGGCAGGGUAAACUCCUGUCUCGAGCCUACUCAUGACAUGAUAACUCCAUGAUGUGUAGAAUGUACAUACCAAGUUCUAAAACAGAGAGGAAUGAAAUAUGUUGUUCUGUGUUCCGUUAGAAGUCGACAUGAUUCGAAAAGAUUCUAAUGAUUAAAAGAGAUGACCAACUGAC